GAGCCCUGCCGCACGUAUAUCGAUUAGCCCCAGUGAACCAAUUCCUCAACAGAACAGAGAACAGAGAACACAGAACCGAACCACGGAUAGAACGCAAUCGCAAUUAGUGCUGCUGCUACUGAUACUUUGUUGCCCAGUUCGGUGGCGACUCCCUGGCUAGCGCAACCGAAACAGAAACCGCAGCCGAACGCCAGUGCGCAUUCCCUCUUCCGGUAUUCGGGUAAUCCGGUAUCGAUCAAACAAGGGGCACCCCGUACACAUGAGUGGCGUGGCAACGUCAACGUGUGCCGCCGUCAGACCCACAGCGGAACCACCACUCAGUCAGAACCGUCAGGCAGUCGGCAGUCGAGCGAGAGGAGGGAGCGGAGGAGCGUCUGCUACACGGGGAUUAGCACCAUCUCAGAUAGAAAUCUACGCGCACGCGACUUGCCGCGACAUUCGAGUGGCAUCGAAGAAAAGUGAAAGCCAAAGGAAAGCCAAGGAACCCCAUCUUCAGGUACAGGCCAGUGGUACAGUGGGGCGUGUCGGUGGCUAAUUGAAUUUCUAUUUCUAAACUCACUCGCAGGUCACUCGAGGUGGAAGGGCGAACUGGAGACAGCAGCAGGAGCAGAAGCAGCAGCAACAGCAGGACCGCAGCAAGUGCAUGGGUUGAGGAGAGAGAGGCGCAGGAAUGGGCGAUUCAGACAGCGAGGACAGCGAUGGAGAGGGCGGCCUGGGCAAUGUGUCCCGCGUGAUUAUCCGUCCGCCGGGGCAGAGCGGCAAGGCGAAGCGGGGCCACCUGUGCUUCGAUGCGGCCUUCGAGACGGGGAAUCUGGGCAAGGCCGAGCUGGUGGGGGAGUUCGAGUACGAUCUGUUCCUGCGGCCGGACACGUGCAAUCCGCGCUUCCGCUUCUGGUUCAACUUCACGGUGGACAACGUCAAGCAGGACCAGCGGGUGCUCUUCAACAUCGUGAACCUCAGCAAGAGCCGCAAUCUGUUCGCCUCCGGCCUCACGCCACUCGUCAAGAGCUCCAGUCGGCCCAAGUGGCAGCGGAUGUCCAAGCGGCAGGUGUUCUUCUACCGGUCGGCCAUGCACCAGGGCCACUACGUCCUCAGCUUUGCCUUCAUCUUCGAGAAGGAGGAGGACGUCUACCAGUUCGCUCUGGCCUGGCCCUACAGCUACUCCCGCCUCCAGUCCUAUUUGAAUGUGAUCGAUGCACGGCAGGGCACAGACAAGCGCUUCACGCGAUGCGUCCUCAUCAAGUCGCUGCAAAACAGAAAUGUGGAUCUGCUGACCAUCGAUCAGGUGACGCAUAAGCAGCGCUCCACUAAUCGCUUGGAUCGCAGCUUCAUUCGUGUCAUCGUGAUCGUCUGUCGAACGCACUCCAGCGAGGCCCCCGCCUCCCACGUCUGCCAGGGCCUCAUCGAGUUCCUCGUGGGCAACCAUCCGAUAGCGGCGGUCCUGCGCGAGAACUUUGUGUUCAAGAUCGUGCCGAUGGCCAAUCCGGAUGGCGUGUUCCUGGGCAACAACCGCUGCAAUCUGAUGGGCCAGGACAUGAACCGCAACUGGCAUCUGGCCUCGGAGUUCACGCAGCCGGAGCUGCACGCCAUCAGGGGGAUGCUGAAGGAGCUGGAUAAUUCGGAUACAUAUCAGAUUGAUUUCGUGAUCGAUCUGCAUGCCAACAGCAGCAUGCACGGCUGCUUCGUGUACGGGAACACGUACGAGGAUGUCUACCGCUACGAGCGACACCUGGUCUUCCCGCGACUCUUCGCCAGCAAUGCCCCCGACUAUGUGGCCGAGCACACGAUGUUCAAUGCCGACGACCGAAAGGCGGGCAGCCUCAGGAGAUUCAGCUGCGAGCGCCUCAGCGACACGGUAAACGCCUACACCCUGGAGGUGUCCAUGGCGGGUCAUUUUCUGCGCGACGGCAAGACGGUGGCCCUCUACAACGAGGAUGGAUACUACCGCGUGGGUAGGAAUCUUGCCCGCACCCUGCUCCAGUACUACCGCUUUAUCAACAUCCUGCCCGUGCCCCUCGUGCCGGAGGUGCGGGGCAAACGAAGGGGCCGCCUGCGCAACCAGCACUCCCGCUCACGUUCCAAGACGCGCUACGAGGUCAAGCCCCGACCCAAGACCCCGCGCUGUCACGCCCCCAUAUCGUACAACAAUCUGAGCAUCUGCUACGAUUCCGGAGGAGGUGGAGGAGGAUCCUCCGAUGAAGGAGGCUUCUCCCCCGUCCGACCACUGGCACCCGGAAGCAGCAGCUUCAGCGGCUGCCGCAACUACCGGAGGGCGGCUACUGCCACUUGCCCUGCGGCCCACGAUCAGUAUUCCUCUUUUUCCUUGGGUGCACUCAAAACAGGAAGUGAUCAUGGAGGAGCCGUUGGCCAGGGCAAGAGAUCGGCGAGGGUGACCAUCGAGGUGCCGCUGCCCGUGAACGUACCCCCCAAGCCCUACCUCUCCAUCAUUGACCUCAAUCAGCUGACGAGGGGUAGCCUGAAGCUCAAAUCGAACAGUUUCGAUGCAGCCGACAGGCGAUAGAAAGAGAGUGAGUGAGUGAGAGAGAGAGAGAGAGAGUAAGUGGAUAACUGUAAUUGUUCCUUUUGUACGCUUUCCGCUUCGUUUUUUCUAAAUAAACAGUUAAUGUCUCCGAAAA